AUGGCUUCAUCAAUGAUCGGUACAACACUGGUCUUUGUUCAACAACAAUUAAUUCGUUAUGUUUGCUCAGCAUGGAUUCUAUUUGGUGUUCCAGGUUGUUUACUCAACGUUAUUCUCUUGUCACGACGACAAUUACGCAUAACAUCAUGCUGUAAUUUUUUUACUGGAAAAAAGACCGGCGCUGGAACUGAUGCUGAUGUUUUCAUUACUCUUUAUGGCAAUUUAUCUGAAACAGGUGCGAUCAAGCUUGAAAGUAAAAAAAAUAGUUUUGAAGCUGGAAAAAAAGAUGAAUUUACAAUUGAAUGUCCAAAUAUUGGUGAAAUAAAUAAAAUUUUAAUCGCACAUAAUAAUAAAGGUUUAGCACCUGGUUGGUUUUUGGAUCAAAUACUAAUUGAAGAUGUUAAUGCACAUCAUAUAUAUGAAUUUCCAUGUAAUAGAUGGCUAGCGAAAGAUGAAGAUGAUAAAGAAAUAUCUCGUUUUCUUUUUCCAAAAAAACCAAUUGAUCAUGAGAAAGAACCAACAGCAGGUGUUUCAUAUAAUAUAACAGUUUAUACGGGUGAUAAAAAAAAUGCUGGCACGGAUGCACGAGUUUAUAUAGUUAUGCAUGGUAAGAAUUCAUCAUCAAGUCAAAUAUUUCUGUGCGAUGGAAAAUUCGAGAAAAACUCUGUCGAUAAAUUCACAACUGAUGCUUCCAGUGAUCUUAGUCCAUUAACAGCAUUAGAUAUUGGUCAUGAUAAUAGUGGGGUUGGACCUGCAUGGUAUCUUGAUAAGGUUUGUUCAGAUUGUUUAAGAAUAUGUAAUUUAUCAAAAUCAUUAGUACAAGAUUAA